AAAAAACAAAUCAAUUGAAAAUUGAAACUUAUGGAUUGCUGGACGGGUAACGCCCGACUGGCGAGUGUUUUAGUUUAAGCAGCGUAAGCUGUCACCGACAUGGGCAGUGAGCAAUACUGCUUGAGGUGGAACAAUCAUCAAUCCAACCUGUUAGGGGUGUUUAGUCAAUUAUUACAGGACGGGAGCCUGGUGGACGUUACAUUAGCUUGUUCAGGGGGCCCAUCCAUCAGAGCCCAUAAGGUGGUCCUCUCGGCCUGCUCCUCGUAUUUCCAGAGCCUGUUUCUGCAGCACUCCGAUCCACAUCCAAUUGUGAUACUGAAGGACGUCCGUUUUGCCGAGCUGCAAACUCUAGUUGAAUUCAUGUACAAGGGCGAAGUGAACGUGCAAUAUUGUCAGUUGCCAGCGCUGCUCAAGACAGCCGAAUCACUCAAGGUUAAAGGCCUAGCCGAGAUGACAAAUCAGAAUACGACGUUGCGGGAGCCCGAACGGGAACCGGAUCGACUGCGUCCCCAUUCGCAGGCCAGCGGCGGCGCAGGCGCCAGCAAGGCGGCCGACAGUCCAGCGGCUGCGGCCCUGGAUGGCACAGCAGCAGCGUCCGCUCCCAGCUCAACAACCGCGACAACAGCGGCAACUACAACUGCAGCAGCCGCAGCAGCAGCAGCAGCGGCGGCAGCGGCAGCAGCUGCGGACAACACAGCGACAGCAGCUGCCUCCACAAGCAGCAGUACAGCAGCAGCGGCAGCGGCAACGGCAGCAGCAGCAGCGGCAACAAUAACAGCAGCCACAACAGCAGCAACAACAACAACCACAGCAACAACAGCCGCAUCGGGCUCAACGCCAGCGACCUCAGCAACCUCAGCGACUGAGGCGUCGACGUCGGCGACGUCAGCGUCAAAGCGUGAGGCAAGCGAACGCUGCAGCCCAACGCCGCCGAAGCGGCCAGCGAAGAGCAGCACAGCGGCUAUUGAGCUGCUGGAGGAUGAUGACGAUGAGGAUGAUGAUGAUGAUGAUGAGGAGGAGGAGGAAGAGCUACUGGAGGAGGAGCUGGAGGAGGAAACACCUAUGCCGCUAGAUCUCUAUCAAAGACCCGCCGUCGCGUCCGCUGACCCACAAGCUAUUCCGCCAGAGAGCGCCGCGAGCAGCCACAACAACAACAACAGCAACAACAAUAACAACAACAACAGCAGCAGCAAUAGCAACAACAACAGCAGCAACAACAACAACAACAACAGCAGCAACAACAACAACAACAGCAACAACAACAACAACAGCAGCAGCAGCAGCAGCAACCAAAUGAAGGCCACAUGCUCCUCCUCAACCGCAGGUUCGCCCAGCGGCAGCAACGGCGACUGCUCCGCAAACGCAGCACCCGAGCCGAGCAGCCAUGUCGUCGCCGUCGACGAUGAUGACGAUGAGGAUGAGCCGAACGACAAUGACAAUGAUAUGGAUGAUUCCGAUGAGCAUGUGGCUGUUGUGGAUCGCUCCAGUGCGGCAGCGGCAGCAGCCGCCGCCGCCGCAGCAGCAGCGCGUGAUAUUGCGCAACGCAUUGCGCAUCAUAGCGCGCGGCGGGCGCAUGGCGCGGACGAGGAUGAGGACGACGACGAGGAUGAUGAUGUGGAGUUGCCGGCGGCGCAUGAGACGCUGCUGCACUCGCCAGGCGGCGUUGUUGUCGGCGGUCUGCAGCCCAAGACCGAAGUGCUCGACGACGAUUACGACGACGAAAUGGAUCUGGACGAUGACGAUGAGGCGGACAAUAGCAGCAACGAUAUGGGCCUCAACAUGAAGAUGAGCAGCGGCGGUGUCGAUCUCUCCACGGGCUCCACCGUUAUACCAUCGCCGCUGAUGACCAUGCCCUCAUCGUCGGCAGCAGCAGCCGCGGCAGCAGCUGCCGCCGCAGCCGCCGCUAUGGAAUCGGCCCGCUCGACGCCCGGCGCCGGCGCCUCCGAUCUAAGUCUAUCGAUGGCACAGUCAGGGCGUCCAGCGUCGCGUUCAUCCCGCGACGGCAGCAACAUUGCCGAGGGGCGCUCCAGCAGCCUAUUGAAUCCCGGCUCCGUAGCCGGUCUCUUGCCAGUGCAAUCGGUGCCAUUGAGCCUCAAGAAAGAAAUCGAUUGCAGUGAGGAUGAUAACAGCAGUCACAGUAGACACAUGCAACCGCGUUCGGCAUCAGCUGGCGGCGGACUGGGCGGCGACCUUGACUACCGCGCCUCGCACGAGUCGGAAACGUCCGAAUCGCCCCAACAACACGCUGUGGGCGUUGGCGCGGUCCUCGGCGGCGGCAUGAGCAGCAGCAGCAGCAGCAGCGCAGCCGCCGCCGCAGCCGCAGCCGUUGCCGCCGCAGCCGCUGCCCAUGAGCAGCAGCCGCAAACGUCGCCACCGCCGCCGCUGAACCUGUUGCCGUGCAUCUACUGCGGCGCCGCCUUCCCCAACCAAAGCAAACUCACGCGUCACGUGCUCUCGCACUCGCUGAAGACGCUCGAGUACCGCGAGCCCACCUCGCACGCCGCCCUCCUCCACUCGCAACUGCGGACGGCGCACGACCUCAACAUGAGCCAUCUGUCGCAGCCGUUUGCGUUCCAGGCCGCGAUGGCGGCCAGCGCCGGCAGCAGCGAUCCGCAGGAGCAGGCGGCCGCUGUGGCCGCCGCCUUGGGCAUAGAAAUGGAGAUAGCCCUGCACGGCGUCAGCUGCACCAUACAAAGCUUGACGGCCAGCUGCCUGGAGGCAGCCGCCGUCAGUGGGGCGCCCGGCUCAAGCGGUGCCAGCGGACGCCUCGGAUUGGGCGGCUCAUCGACAUCCGGAAAUGGUGGCAUUGCGGCCACAUCCGCUGGCCUUCUGCUGGGCAGCGGCUCUAGCUCUGCCGCUGCCGGUGGCAGUGGCUGCGGUGGCAGUGGCGGCGGCAUGGGCGGUAGUGGUGGCGGUGGUGGUGGCAGCGGCGGCGGACGCUCCUCGUCGCCCUCAACGUCUGCCGCAGCGUCGGCAGCGGCGCAGUGCGGCUCGUCGGCCGCCUCGUUGCUCGGCGCGUCAAGUGAUCCGAAUAGUGUUGUCAUGUGUAAGUUCUGUGCUAAAAGUUUUCCCGAUGUUACAUCACUGAUCACGCAUUUGUCGGUACAUACAGGUGAUCGACCAUUUAAAUGUGAGUUUUGUGGCAAAGCGUUUAAGCUGCGCCACCACAUGAAAGAUCAUUGUCGCGUGCACACGGGUGAACGACCCUUCAGAUGUCAAAUGUGCGGGAAAACUUUCUCGCGCUCGACGAUCCUCAAAGCGCAUGAGAAAACGCAUUUUCCCAAAUAUGUACGAAAGUUUUUGUCACCCAGCCCGGUCGAUACAAAGGAUGAACUACCGCAAUAGUGAAACGAUUUUAGUUUGUUAUUAAAUUAUUAUUAUUAUUACUACUACUAUUAUAAUAAUAACAA